AUGUUCAGAGAUCCGUUCCCAAUUGAAAAGUUCGAGAACGACAACACUUUCGGCAACCGAGAAAAACACCGUCACGUGGUAGGGAAAGAAGAUCCGUUUCAAAGAUUGGCAUAUACUCACACGUUACAGAGCCAAAGGCGAACACGAGACUAUCAUGAUCCUCAAGCUCCUCGGGACUCCCUUGACUUUGUAAUUAAAACUACUCAUGUUCCAUGGAAAUUCAACGCGAGCAAAAAUGAGGUUCUUGUCCAGCGAGAAACGUUGGGAAUUGACACUGGACGAAAGCUGAAGAACCGCACUGUUGAAGAAAAACUGGCCUUCGAUCCUGCUGACCCGCCGAUAAGGGUUACUGUUCAUGAAAAACAAGUGGCAAACAGCAAGGAUGGAAAUCAACUCAUCCGGGGUCAUCAUGGAGCAAAUACGAACAGGGGAUACGUGCGAAAAGUUGACGGAGGCUUUUACAGUCUUUAA